UAGCUCUUCACCUGUAUUUGGAAUCAAUAUAUCAAUCAUCUACCUGUUUGAUUGAACCCUAGCUCUCACUCUCUCUUUCUCUCUCUAAAAAAAGCAUAAAAGUUUCAAUCUUUCAGGUAAUUUGAUUGGAGAGGCGAAUCCAGAAUUUGGAGCUUCAAUCAGUGGGAGCCCACAGCCUAAGGUAGCCUUGAAUUCUCCAAAAAGGAAUCUUGCUCAAAAUGGAUCAUCAUGGAAAUGGACAGCCUCCAGGUAUUGGAGUCGUUACUAGCUCAGCUCCAAUAUAUGGUGCUCCAUACCAAGCUAACCAAAUGGCAGGGCCUCCUGCAGUUUCAGCUGGUGCAAUUCAAUCUCCUCAAGCAGCUGGUCUUUCUGCUUCGUCAGCGCAGAUGGCACAACAUCAGCUCGCUUAUCAACACAUUCAUCAGCAGCAGCAGCAACAAUUGCAGCAACAACUCCAAACUUUCUGGGCAAAUCAAUAUCAAGAAAUCGAGCAUGUUACUGAUUUCAAGAAUCAUAGCUUGCCAUUGGCAAGGAUCAAGAAAAUCAUGAAAGCGGAUGAAGAUGUUAGGAUGAUAUCUGCUGAAGCACCAGUCGUAUUUGCUCGUGCCUGUGAGAUGUUCAUACUUGAAUUGACUCUGCGUGCAUGGAACCACACUGAGGAGAACAAAAGGAGGACGCUGCAGAAAAAUGAUAUCGCUGCAGCCAUAACAAGGACUGACAUAUUUGAUUUCCUAGUUGAUAUUGUCCCAAGGGAGGACUUGAAAGAUGAGGUGCUUGCAACAAUUCCUAGAGGAACGCUUCCUGUUGGAGGCCCAACUGAGGGUCUGCCAUUCUAUUAUGGCAUGCCACCACAAUCUGCUCAACCGAUUGGAGCUCCAGGGAUGUACAUGGGAAAGCCUGUUGAUCAAUCACUUUAUGCCCAGCAGCCCCGUCCAUAUAUGGCUCAGCCAAUUUGGCCCCAGCAGCAACAACCACCCUCAGAUUCUUAAGCAGCUCAAAGCUUAGAUUACUACAAGGUAAGCAUGAUGUUAUUCCAUCACUAAAGUUAUCCUGUCAUUUGUUCUUUGCCUUUUGUUGAUGCUUCACUCCUGCCUAGGCCUCUUAAUUUGCUACUGUUAUAUCUUUUAAAUCAUGUACUAUUCUUAUCUACCUGGAACCCUAUGCCAUGUCGGUUCGGUCAGCCUGUGAUUUGUGGUGCAGGAAUUGAUUAGAAUUUGAAUCCUUUUUGCUUCCCUUUUGGGGGCUUCCAACCAAGUCGGUAAUUGUGUGUGGGUAAGGGUUUUGCUUAUCAACCCCGCUUGCAGGGCUUUUCAAGCUUUUUAACUCUAUUUGAAGGCUUGGCAAGGGAAAUACUAUGAUGUUGACUUAUUUAACGAGUCCAAGAUCUCAUUAGUAGUCACCCUUUGCAUUUCCGUUAUUGUAGUUACACGGUUAAUUAAUCUAUUACAUGUUACUCCCCAACUGAUCCCUGAUUUUCAUGUCAUCUGCAGAAUCCAGAAGCUAGGAGCAGUGAGUAGUCUGAGUAGCGAAGUACUGGAGAACACACACUACACUGAUAUCAGUCUGCAUACUUUGAACUUUAUUUUAUUAAUAUAUAUAGACAUGAAGCACUAGUUAUUAAAAGUUCAGUGUUCCCUUAGUGUAGCUUAAACUUCAUACCAUGAGCUUGAUGUUCUUGGUGAUGUUUAUGAACAAAUAUGUUUUUAAGUGUG